GAUACUUGUCCACGUCUUAAAAAGAGAGUAGAAAAUAUAGAAACUUGUCAAUCAUCUCUCUUGCUACACUUGAUUCUUCGAGUCUCUUGUAUGCCUCUUACUGCAAAAUCUUUCAAAGUCCAAAUUUUGAUCAUCCCCAAACAUGAAGACCAUUCUACAUUUAGGUCUUAACCCAAAUUCUAAGAUUUACACAACUUUUGGAUUCUCAUUUUUUCGUGAAAAAUUUCAAACGGGUAAAAUGCACAGAAGGUGUUCGACAAAAUUCCCCAAUGAUCAAAAUUGGGUUUUUUGUUUUUGUUUUUGUUACAAGCGUUGACACGUGGCUCUCACGUGAUAAGCUGUUAUAUUCGUUGAUGUUCCCGCUUCGACUCUGUUUCUUCUCGCAAACACAUAUCUCUCUAAAGCAGAGAGAGACCAAGAAAACGCAAGAACCUUGAGAAGUCGUAGCUAUGGAGCAGCCUUAUACUUUUCUGCAAGAUGUUGAGAGCGUAAAACUCCACGAAAAGGCAAAAGAACUCUUCGCUAAUGGAGAUCACAUCAAGGCCUUGGAGAUAAUUGAAGAUAUGAUUUUGGUCAAUAAGGAAGACAAGAACAUAUGGUUUCUUCAUGCGGAACAAGGUUAUAUGUUAAAGAAAUUAUCGGAUAAAACAGAUAACUUUGACGUAGAUUUCACAUUUUUGUUGGGUUCUGUUGGAUGUUUUUCGGAAGAUGUGAAGUUAUUAAGAUCUUGCGCACAUGGAUUCUACAGUUUGGCACACCAAAUUGAGUCAGUGAUGUAUUACAAGAAAUGUUUGAAGAAAGCAAAACAGGUUUUAUCUGUUUCUAACCCGAAUGAAGACUCGGGUUCUUCUGUUGCCCAAAUGAGUUUGCGAUGGAAAGCACAUAAGAGCAAAACGGAUAAAGACCUGGAGAGUUUAAUAAAAAAUGCAGAGUCCAAGAUUGCUCUUAUCAAGACUGGAGGACUGAAGGAUUUACUAGAAGAAGAAUGUGAGUCAGAAGAUUUGGAGUCAAAGAAUAGUCCAGAGCCGGCAAAGAACGAGUUUAAAAGCUUGAGGUCGUUUUGGUUAGGUUUGGAUGUUAAGGUCAAAAGGGAUUUUAUGAAAGUAAGCGUUGCAAAGCUUAUAAGUUUUGUCGAGGGAGUACAUGAAAGACCGGGACGAAAUGCUUUGGAGAAAAUUCUCGAUUCUGCCAGGGAAGACAGAAAAUGGACAUUCUGGAUGUGCCGAACUAAAUGUUCGAAGAAGUUCUCUAGUGCUGAAGAAUGUAAGAGUCAUCUUGAAAGCGAACAUGCUGCAGAUUUUAAACCUUUGAAAGAGGAGGAUAGAAUCAAGAGGAUAGGGAAAGACUGGGCUCGUAAGAUAUUGGUUGGAGGUUGGGAACCAGUGGAUACAGUAGCUGCCGUUGAAAUGAUCAAAAAUCGGCUCGCAGCUGUGAAAGCGUUUUCAUAUAAGAAUGGAUGGUCCAAAGAAUGGCCUUUAGCUGUGGAUGAAGAGCGCAGUAAGUUACUCAAGGAAAUCAAAUUCUUCCUUGGGAUGUUUUGUGACCUUAAAAUUCUCCCUUGCAGUGUUCGAGACUGUGUGAUGCAAUAUCCUUUAAGGCAUUUUGGAGAACUUGAAGUUUCCAAACAGAGUCUUGUCGAUUCUCACCUAGUGGAAACACCUCAGAGUAUAUGUUUUCUGGAUUGUCAUGAACUCAAUCAAAUCCUAAACUUUCUAAAACGCAUCAAGUCCGAAAGGGAUGAUGGUAUAGAUCUAGUUUCCAGAGCAGUGGACAGUAUCUUGUGUUCUACUCAAGUUAAAGAAAAGAUUGACUUUGACCCUCAGUUUUCAUUGCUGCUUCUGGACAGAAGACUGCUGAAAAGCAAUAAUCCUCCAUUUGAUGAUGAAGGAACAAUCAAUGUUUUUGAUCCCAAUGUUCACUACGCCAAGGCACCAGCUCAGGGAGAUGAUAUCAUAUCCUGGUUAACUGACUACAAUUCAGUAGAGAAGACUUUUCCCAGACCUAUCAGGGAAUAUAAUCUUGAUAUCUGGGUGGCUGUUCUGAGAGCUGUUCAGUUCACAUGUAGAACUCUGGAAACCAAAUAUGCAAAGAAAGUGCAGGUCUUCAAUUAUUAUGUAGCUCUUACUGACGUUGAAGACUUGUGUAUCAGUGAAGAUGAAAGGAGAAGGAAUCUUCAGGAAGAUCAGUGGAACAGCUAUGCAUCUCUUCUAUGCGAUAGAUGCGAAGAGAGAGUCCCCGGAAAUUCCCUCACUAACAAAUUAUUUGUGUGUGCAGUACGAGAUGUUCUCGAAGGCGCAUUGUAUCUGACAUUUGAUUUCCCCGAUUUUGAAGAAUGCCUGAAUCUUAUACGUGGGCGUAAAGGUCUCAGCGAUGAUAUAGUGUUGAAGUCCAUAGACUCUCUGAAAUCAGUGGCCACCUCCAAGGGUAUUUUAAUCGAUUCAAAGAUUUUGCUGGUUGAUAAUUCAAGGAUUAGUUUGCUGAAUGACCUCACCAGGCUUUCUGUUUUUGACAACCGCACUUAUAUCCUUGAACUGCUGAAAAAGUUCUUGCUGAAUGAAAUUAUGAAUAUGGAAUCCAAAGCCAAGUCAGAUGCAGCAGCUGCCUCUCUUUUACUCGAGGAGGAGAAGAAGUUACAGUCAACGAAGAGGAAAAAUAAAAGCAAAAAGAAAACGUCAACGAGCACCUCUAGUUCUCUUUCUAAGACCGGUGAACAUAAACCUUCUGACAUCCUUGAACCGGAAAGCACGUCUCCAUCACUAGGAAAGGUAGAAGAAGAUUCUAUGGAACCAGAUGCCACUCUUUCACGUGAAACGGGUCGAUUGGAAAUCUCAUCCAACACUGUCAAUCGAGAGGAAGUUAUGCCUAGGGAAGAAUCACAGUCGGAACAUUUAGAGUCAACUCUUGGAGAAGCUGCAACCAGAUAUAAUUCAGCUCUUGACAUGACACUGAAGGCCCUUUUGAACAUUCAAAUUCUUAAAGAAGAUUUGAUGCAACCAUUUCAAGACCACCCGGAAGAACAUGUUCCUCCUGCUCUACGAAAUUUCUUUACUGCUUUUGUGUCAGAUGUGAUAAAUAAUGAGGGAGUCUACAGUUGCCUCUUGCGUGACUUACUUUCUUCCCUAGAAGAAGUUAUUUCCAUGUCGAGUGGUGCUGCUGAGGUUCUUGUAGCCAUCCUUGAGUUUUGGCAUUGCUGGAAGAAUGCUAAAAGAGAAAGCUUGGUAACUCGUCUUUUUACGUUGGAGGAAAAUGAAAGAAUGAGUUGUAGAAAAUGCAGAAAGAAACCAAAUUAUCCAGAGCAAAGUUCUUAUGGCAUUGUUAUGGCUGCAGAUUCUAUCAGAGACUUGAAGUGUGCUCUUGGGAAUAUAGAGUUUGUGGAUAUCCUUAAGGUGAUUCAGAUGGAAUAUAAAAUGCUAUGUGACGUUAAAACAGGAGGCUGUGGAAUAACAAACUUCGUUCAUCACAUCAUAAGUAAAUGCCCACCUAUCUUCAUAAUCGUGUUAGAAUGGGAGAAGAGUGAUACAGAAAAAGAAAUAUUUGACACAACAAAGGCUUUGGACUGGGAGAUAGAUAUCAGUAGACUGUACGAAGGCUUAGAACCAAAAACUAACUACCGGCUUGUGUCAAUGGUUGGUUGUGGUGAAGAAGAAGCAGAACACGUUUGCAUAGUUUAUGAAAAGAACUGUUGGGUCAAUCUCAGACGUGAUGCUUUAACCGGAGAGGAUGUUGGUAACUGGAAGAGUGUGGUUAAAUUCUGUGGGGAGAAGAAGGUUCGGCCAGAGAUUCUGUUUUAUGAAGCUGCUGCCCGCUCGAUGUCCUAACUAACAAGUGACGGAAUUGUAUCAAUAUGGAGAAACCAGCUACAUGUUACAAUUCGAAAGAAGUUUUGUUCUCUGUUCUAUAAUAUGAUUUGUCUUGGAAACUACAUUUGUUCAUCUACACGUCUACAGUUGUUCAUGUACAUACAUAACAAGCAACAUGAGAGCCUUAUGCAUAACCAAAGACACAUCAAUCGAAAUAACCGCUUUUAACCGGCUCGGUUUGUUCGUUGGUUCA